GACAUGUCAGUUCCUGUCUUUAUGGUAUGUUCUGGUUCCCGCCGCCUGUCAGUCGACUGAGUGGGCAGAGCCACCUCAGGGUUUGUUGCUGAUACGAGCAGGAAGAAGACAGACAGAGACAAAAAGAGACAGACAGACACUAAGAGAGGACAUGGACAGAGCCAACAAGACAAACUGCAUCUGAAGAGAAAACCUGAUGCAAGUGAGGAAAUAGAAAGCUCCAGCAGGAAGUGGCAGGUGGGAACAGGAAGCUCUGUCUGGGAGUAACUGUCUCUGCAGUUGACAUGUCUACGGUCAGGGCUGCGUUCGUCCUACUGAGCGUCUGUGUCCUUGUGGUCCUCGUUGUCCCGCCCUGCAUCACUCAAGAAAGUAACUGCAGCUGCAACAUCACCAACAGCCACUGUGACGAGUCCAGAGUCUGCAGGUGUGACCCCGGCUGGGACGGUGAAGGCUGUGACCGCUGCGUGCCAAUGCCCGGUUGCGUGCACGGCUUAUGUCAGCAGCCGUGGCAGUGCAGCUGUGAGCCGGGCUGGGGGGGGCGCUUCUGUGACAAAGACCUGUUCAUCUGCUCGGAGCGGCCGUGUGAGAACGGAGCGACCUGCGGGAUGGAGGACAACGGGGACUUCAUCUGCCUGUGUCCUGAGACCUACCACGGCAGCAACUGUCAACUGAAGAUGGGACCAUGUCACCAGAGGAGGUCUCCGUGUAGAAAUGGUGGCCUGUGUGAAGACGCUGACGGUUUCGCAGCAGAGUUGAGAUGUCGCUGUCUGGCCGGCUUCACAGGACCCCGCUGUGAGACCAACGUGGACGACUGUCUGAUGAAGCCGUGUGGUAAUGGCGCCACCUGUCUGGACGGCAUCAACCGCUUCUCGUGCCUCUGCCCCUCCGGCUUCACUGGACGCUUCUGCACCAUCAACCUGAACGACUGUGCCAGUCGGCCCUGCCUCAACGCAGGCCGCUGCCUCGACCGCGCCAGAGGCUUCCACUGCGUCUGCCGGGCCGGUUUCACCGGGGCCACCUGCCAGACGCUGCUAAGGAGCCGUGAUGCCCUCGAGGCUGGCUUGACAAGGAUGGGGGGGGAGGGGCCCGGAGGAGGUGGGGCUAGGAACCAUAGGACCAGCAGUAACAGCAGUGGUUGUGACGACCAGCUGUUUAAGGUAACAGUGAGUGAGCGUGGUACUGUUGGCCUAUCAGAUAUCCAACUCAUCAUCCUGUUGAUGCUGGCAGCACUGACGCUGGGUGUAGUGGGGCUGACCGCCGCCCUGGUACUGCAGGGUCAGUGCAGGGACUGUGGCCACGCCCCUUGCUGGUCACUGACUUCAUCAUCAUCAGAACUUAAGAGCAGGCGUCGAGCGCAGCGGGACCAACAGGGCGGUCGCAUCAGCUUCCUGAAUGCUGCAGAACCAGAGAAGAAGAAACACAACGCUGAGGUUGUGUAGAUGAGUGGGCGUUCGAGAGAGAAAGGAUACACCCUACUCUCAUGUGAGAACUACACAGUCAAAGGUCAGAGGUCACCUGCAUCAGGUUCAGAUCUAAUUCUCCCAGAAUGCACCUGCUGCCAAAUGCAAGUCCUCUGUGACAUCAUCAAAUUUAAACCUAAAGCGGGACAGUGGGAGGAAUCUCAGCAUGAUCAGGUCCAGCUCUAUUUAUCAAAAUACUACAUUACCCAUGAGCCUCAGCUGCUGUGUAGGAGGUUGGUACCGCACGAAACGUUCAACCAGCCAAUCAAUGUCGAGCUGCAGCUGUUAAGAAGGUGGCAUUUCCAAAUAAGAUUGAGGGAGUGGGGGUGUGUGGUUUGGCCACUAAUCAGCGAAUCAGAGCACAGAGUUCAGGUCAGGUGACACAACCUGUUUCGAUGUAAAACUGAAGAGUUGUGAAAUCAGCUGGACGUUAAUCACAUGUAACAGAUGUCAUAACAGUGUUAAAUAUUGAUCAAUCUUUUAUUGACGAUUGAUUUCUGACGAUUUGAUUUUUUUUCAGGUUUUAUUUUAUGAUUUGAUAUUUUCACUAUUUUAGUUUUUUAUUCAUUAAAAAGAUAAAUGUGAUUUAAUACA